CGCUGUGCUAAAACAGUUUUCUUCCAGAAGCUCAUGGUUCGUAAUGAUCAGACGUAAAACAUGAUGCGAGAGAUAGCAGCGGUGGUUUUCUUUCUGAAGAGGCUCGUGAAGAAAGGAGAGAAGCUGGAAGCCGACCAGGUGGAGCUGUUUGUCGAGAGGCUGGCUGUUGCUCUACAGGAGAAGUUCAAAGGUCACUGGUACCCAGAAAGCCCCAGCAGAGGACAGGCCUACAGGUGCAUCAGAAUAAACAGGUUCCACAGGCAGGAUCCAGAUCUCCUUCGGGCCUGCCAGGAGAGCGGAGUAAAGUAUGGGGACCUGGGGCUGCCCCGGGAGCUCACGUUGUGGGUGGACCCUGGAGAGGUUUGUUGCAGAUACGGAGAGCACAACCCCUGCUUCUCAGUGGCCACCUUCAGCAGCGAUGAUGAGGAUGAUAAAGACGUUGCUAAGAAGGUGACCAGUGCUCUGGAGAGGGUGACGUCUGACUACCACUCGGGUUCUUCUUCUGAUGAGGAAAGCACGCGUAGUUCCCCCCUCACUGUCCCCAAAAGCAGCGGGAGCCACCAGACCAUGAAUCCCGGAGCUCCUUCCUGGCAUCCCAGAGAGACGACGUCAGGGAAAGGUCUCAUCCUUCCAAGGCCUCACUACGGCUACCGGCCCCGGGGCAGGGCCCCCCACUCCUUUAGGAGCAACGUUUGGGUCCCUCCUGUCUACAGAGCGGGCCCCGAGUACUGGGACACAGAGCCAUACAUGGCACAUAGUUACAGUUAGGGACCUCGGUGCUUGUUGUUCACACUGGACAUUAAACCUAGAAAAACUUUGACUGACCUUUUUUUUUUAAAAACAUGAAUUUUUAUAACGUCAAUAUUGUUUUUUUCAGUCUUUUGCACUUUAGAUUGUUUUGUUAUAGUUGGAAUGAAUCACUUGUAUGAAAUUAGGUAGAGAAAUUGGAAUACUACAUGUGUAAUUUUGAAGUACUGUAUUUUUACUACAGCUUAAUGUCCUUUGUGAUGAAAUGUUUUAUUAAGCACAAAUUUUCAGAUGUAUAGGCUUAAUAUUAUAAACUUUUAUUAAACAUUUCCAAGCAUUG